AUGGCGGCAGUGGCGGCAGCCUCGGCUGAACUGCUCAUCAUCGGCUGGUACAUCUUCCGCGUGCUGCUGCAGGUGUUCCUGGAAUGCUGCAUUUACUGGGUAGGAUUCGCUUUUCGAAAUCCUCCAGGGACACAGCCCAUUGCGAGAAGUGAGGUGUUCAGGUACUCCCUGCAGAAGCUGGCGUACACGGUGUCGCGGACCGGGCGGCAGGUGUUGGGGGAGCGCAGGCAGCGAGCCCCCAACUGAGGCCCCAGCUCCCAGCCCUGGGCGGCCGUACCAUCAGGUGCUCCUGUGCAUCUCAGCCAGCAUGGGAGCCAGUGCCGCGCAGGAAUGGGGGGUCCCCUGUGCUCCCUCGCCAGAGGAGCACUUGGCAAGGUCAGUGAGGGGCCAGUAGACCCCUGGAGAAGCAGUACCGACAAUGACGAAGAUACCAGAUCCCUUCCCAACCCCUUUGCACCGGUCCCACCAAGGGGCAGGGUCGGGAGAGGAGGGGGGAUGGGGGAGCAGACCCCUGAGAUUUGGGCAUAGGCACCACAUUCUGAUCUGGACAAAGUUGGGACAGCGCCAUCCCAGCCCCGAAGUCAGGGCCAUGCCAGCAGGCCCCACCAUGGAGAUCCAAACACCACACCAGCCAGCAGAAUGGACGUUCUGACAUCGACAGCCGAAGCCCUGAAUCUUGGUGCAGCACCAACCACGUGCCUGUGUGGCGGGACUGGAGGGCACAGUUGAGGAAGGAGGGUGGUUAAGAAAUACAGUGGGGCCCUCUCACUGUCCCUUGCCUAGGGCACUUGCAUUCCAGCCUCGCUGCAUUUGCUCCCUCGAUUCCCCUUUCCUCCUCACUGCCUCCCAAGCCCACCCUACUCCAAAAUAAUGUGUCACUUGAUUUGGAACUAUUCAAGCAGUAAAAGGAAAUGAAUCCCACCUUUACUAAAACACUUUCUCUGAAUCCCCCUUGCCCCUCACUGAUCUUGCUUUUCCCUGGUCUCACGCAGUUGUGGUCAAUAUUGUGGUAAUCGCUAAUUGUACUGAUUGUUUAAGUGUGCAUUAGUUGUGUCUCCCCAGCUAGAUUGUAAGCUCCUGGAGGACAGGGACCACCUCUACAAAAAAUAAAAAAAAGUACCUCCCCUGUCUCGCACAGUGUCCCAGGACCCUGCGGGGCAGUGGAGGCGCACCAAAA